CAUUUCACAUACAAAAUAGUUACAAACGUUUUACAAACAAAAGUAUAAAAUAAAUUUUAUUUUUUGUACAUUUUCUACCGUUUUGGACUAACUCUAGGGAUAGUUUAGAUAAAAAUGACUUCAAUUGUGGGCCAUGUGCCGCCCGCUGGCGUUGACGACGCAAUAAGUCCGUGGAAUAAGUUCGACUGGAGUCCGGAAAUUGAGCAUGAUAUAUACAGAGACUGGGGCACAUAUUACUUUAAUCGUCGGCGCGAGAACUUUGCCUUGUACUACUACACGAAGGCGCUGAAUAUUGAUGGUUCCGAUUAUAUAACCCUAUAUCGACGCAGUCAAGUGCAGCGUAAAGCGGCCAAAAUCGAACAGGCUCUGCAAGAUGCACGCAACGCUGAAAAAAUGGCACUGGCUCAAAGGGGUCCCAAUUGCCCCAUUAAUAUGCAAAUAUGCGAUGCGCUCUUUGAGUUGAACCAGUUCGAGAACAGUUCAGUUGAGCUGCAUGACAACAUGCGUAGCUUCUUGGGGGUUAGGGGCAAAAACUUUAAAGCGCGUGAAAUUGUGGUAAAUGAUAUCAUCAGAGAUGUCACUGGCAAGUCCAUGUCUUUGUACUUUUUGAAGAACCUUAAGCUGAUUCAACGUGUGCGGGAGAUAAACAAAGCCAAAGAGAUCAUCGACGAACGCCCCAUGUGGAAGAUAUUGAGAGAUCUAGAUAAAUGUGAUGUGCUCAGCAUACCAGAAGUGGAGGAAGAGGUUCUUUCACCACUGGAAAUAGCGCGUAGAGCACGGGCUUUCAAUGUUAUACAUCAGACGUAUCUGAAUGAUUCGUGGAUAGAUGUUCUAUUCAUGAAACAGUUGAGGAAGAAUCCCAGCUUGCUGCUGGAUCAAUGCAAACGCUCAAAAUCGUUCUUGAAAACACUCUCUGUUAAGCAAUACGAGAUUGUCAGACAGUUUAUAAAAAUGUUACAAUGUCGCAGUCCGCUGUACUAUGUCAGUUUCUUGAAGUAUCCCAAUAAGAAAAUGUUGGAGAAGAACAGAGAAGCUUAUCUAUUCCGCAUACAAUAUCAGACACAUCGCAAUAUGAUUGCAGAUCUAAGAUAUAUUCGAAAGCUACGUAAGGCAGGGGAUAUCGAGAAUCUCUCGCAGUAUGUUGAGAAAAUCAUGGGUGAUUAUUAUGUGACAAAGACGAAUCGCGUCAUGUGCUGGAAAUUUGAGUUCAUCAACGAGGUAUACAAUACCAUGGCACUGGCUCUAUGCGAACAGUAUCGAGUUCCAAAGAACUUUAGACCUGGGACGAAGGCGAUGCGGCAAAUGCUGCUGCUGCCCGUGGAAAAGAUUAAGGACAUUGUGCCAUUUGUGUUCGGCGAUCGUUCCACAUACCAAGAAGGUGACGAUGAUUUAGAAAGCAAGAAGACACGAAAAGCCAUUUUGCGACUGGAGAAACGCAUGUGCUUUGCCAAAUACUCGAUUGAGAAAUGCUAUUUGUUGCAUCAAAUUGCUGGUGUUCAAUUAUCGCAGUUGCACUACGAUGAAUGCUGCUUUAAUGCACGCAGAGCCAUCAAAGAGAGUCAGAACUGCAACAGUUUCAUUUGGCGUUUUCUGAGCGUUGUGCAAAUUUUGAAGGCGAACACGUUGCAGCAUAAAGUGGAACGCACCAAGGAGGCAUUGGAGGAGGCAGCUCCCAUUGCCCGUCAACUCAAGUCGCCAACUCUGGCGAGAUUCAUCGAUGUGUGUCUGUCAUGCACCGAUGAUGAGGUCAAUAGAAAAGCAAGCUCGAUAGCCAGUCAACGAUCUAGCAAAGUAUCCGUAACGACAACAUCGGGCAAUCAAAACGAUGAGGAUUAUGAGCCAAUUAAUGUGUUACGUUAACUGAGACUACACUCAAAUUAUUAAAUUAUAGUUGUGUUUUUGAAUAGAAAAAAACUAAGAA